GUUACCAGCCUGGUCCCUCCCCUUUAAUAGGCGAAGUGCGUCUGAGAAACAGAAAGUGUAGACACAAAGUGUCUCGGACAUUUAGUAGCAGAACAGAUACAGCUGAGCUCUUCGGUCGUCCUUCAGGAGUGUGUGGAGAUGGCGCUGCAGAGGCAGGAGCUUGUGUCGGGAAAUGAAGCGCUGGAGAGGUGGACGAAGCUUGGCCAAGGGGGAUUUGGAUCUGUCUACAAGGCCAUAGUUAAGGACUGGGGAUUUAGUGUGGCCAUUAAACUAUUUCGCAAUGUUGAUAGCCCUCCCAGCAGUCUGCUGUCUAAAAACAGCCGGUCCAUAUGCAAACCGCUGCGUGACGAGGCUGGUCACAUGGAUAAAGCUUCCAGUGAUUUUGUUUUGAAGGUUUAUGGAUUUUAUGAGGGAACCCCACGAAUUGAAGGAGUCGUCAUGCCAUAUCAGGGAAUAGUCAUGGAGCUGAUGGAGAUGGAUUCUGUUCUGAAGCUGCUGGAGAAACUGACAGAGUCUCCACAGAGGCCGCUGGCCUUCCGCAUCGUCCAUGAAGUGGCUUUGGGGAUGAACUUUCUUCAUUCAAAGGAUAUUGUGCACCGGGACCUCAAGCCAAGCAAUGUGCUGCUGACUGACGACCUGAGGGUGAAGCUUGCAGACUUUGGUCUGUCCACCAGUGUUUUGAUGACCAGCGAAAAAACAGCAGAGCCAGGAGGGACACUUGCAUACAUGCCUCCAGAGGCUUUUGAUCCACAAUAUGAACCUGUCUGGGCUUUUGACAUAUACAGCUAUGGGAUCCUUCUCUGGUCAAUAUUUAAUGGGAAAGAGCCUUAUGAAGGCAGACCCAGUGUUCUUGUGAAGCACUGGGUCAAAAAUGAUCUAAAACUCCCUCUUGAUGAAAUAAAAAAUCCAGAGGAGUUGGGAGAGAUGAUUGAACUGAUGGAGAGAUGCUGGAAUUCGACACCAGAGAUGAGGCCACCCUUCAAAGACUGCCUGAAAACAACUGAGGAGGUAUUCUCAAGGUACAAGAGCGGCAUUCGUGCUGCAGUCGAUGGCAUCCUGAAUCCACUGGUACAAAUAAAAAUGCAAUUGCAGAAAGUCCAGUACCACAAUCAGUCAGUUAUAUCUAGCUGGUGUGAUAUUUCUUUUGCAAUUUCCUGUGUUUCUCAUGUUAUUGUUUCCAUUUUUAAGGACUCAACAAGCAGUGGUAAACCGCCAGUGUCAGAAGCAGACUCGCAAGACACUAUAGAUCAUUCUGCAGUCACUGAACAGGAUCACCAGGAGAUGGCGCUGCAGAGGCAGGAGCUUGAAGUGUUUGGAAAUGAAGCGCUGGAGAAGUGGACGAAGCUUGACCGAGGGGGAUUUGGAACUGUCUACAAGGCCAGACACAAGGACUGGCAAUUUAGUGUGGCCAUUAAGCUGCUGUCUAAAGACAGCCUGUCCAUGUGCACAGCACUGCGUGAGGCUGGUUACAUGGAUAAAGCUUCCUGUGAGUUUGUUUUGAGGGUUUAUGGAUUUUAUGAGGGAACCCCACCAAUUGAAGGAGUCAGCAGGCCAUAUCAGGGAAUAGUCAUGGAGCUGAUGGAGAUGGAUUCUGUUCUGAAGCUGCUGGAGAAACUGGCAGAGUCUCCACAGAGGCCGCUGGCUUUCCGCAUCGUCCAUGAAGUGGCUUUGGGGAUGAACUUUCUUCACUCAAAGAAUAUUGUGCACCAGGACCUCAAGCCAAGCAAUGUGCUGCUGACUGAUGACCUGAGGGUGAAGCUUGCAGACUUUGGUCUGUCCAGGGUUUCCACCAGUGAUGCGAAAAACAACGAAAAAACAGCAGAGACAGGAGGGACACUUGAAUACAUGCCUCCAGAGGCUUUUGAUCCAAAAUAUAAACCUGUCCGGGCUUUUGACAGAUACAGCUAUGGGAUCCUUCUCUGGUCAAUAUUUAAUGGGAAAGAGCCUUAUAAAGGCAGACCCAGUGUUCUUGUGAAGCACUGGGUCAAAAACGAUCUAAAACUCCCUCUUGAUGAAAUAAAAAAUCCAGAGGAGUUGGGAGAGAUGAUUGAACUGAUGGAGAGAUGCUGGAAUUCAACACCAGAGAUGAGGCCACCCUUCAGAGACUGCCUGAAAACAACUCAGGAGGUAUUCAAAAGGCACAAGAGCGGCGUUCGUGCUGCAGUCGAUGGCAUCUUGAAUCCACUGGACUCAACAAACAGUGGUAAACCGCCAGUGUCAGAGGCAGACUCACAUGACACCAUCGAUCAUCCUCUCGUCACUGAACAGCAGAACUCACCUGGUGUUCCCACAAAGAUAUUGACAGUUGAGAGAAAAGCAAAGUUUGUGACGGACAACAUUCCAGUGUUAAUACAACUGGUUUCUGCAGUACUGGAAAUUGCAGAAGAGCUUGGAGACAUGGUCCAUCCUGAAGUCCUCGCUCGGAUCCAAGCAGAAAAGACAAGCCAGGACAAAAUGAGGCUGUUUCAUUCCAGGAUAUUAGCUCCGGCAGGGGGGAGAGUCAAAGCUGCUUUCUUUGACACCCUCAAAAAACAUGAGCCCAGACUGGUGAAAAAACUUGGUGGAUAAUCCUAAAGCUUGUCUUCACGGAUUGUAUAUACAUACACAAGCUCUGAUUCUCCUCUUACACUUCCAUCCUCAAUGAAAAACCAUGAAUCCUUUCAGUCACAUAUUUCUAAUUAAUCACGUUUUAUGACUAAGUCAUAUUUUAAUAGCUGUCUUCUUUUUAUAUCUGAGUGAGUAAAAUGUUGAAAAAACUAUUAGUCAUCCAAAGGAGAGAGAGAGAGAGAGAGAGAGACUAUGUAAGAGGCUUUUCUGGUUCAAUCCCUCAGUAACUGUCACUAGCAGUCAGUCAGUCACCUGCAGAUGAUGGCGUCGAGGGCAUCCCAGGCAACAAAGUUAUCCUGUCUCGAUCUGAAUCACUUGUCUUUUUGUUACAGAUAACAUGCUGUAUGAGAGUGAAUGUAAUACACUGAUUGUAAUCUAAAGAAUUUUUGUGUAAAUGAAGCAAUUUUAUUUGGAAAUAUUCGACCAUUCGAUACAACAAGCAAUGUAAGUUUAAAUAAAAUGUUCUGAAAUGACUUACA